AUGUCCGCGCUAAAUAUUGAUAUUGCCCUAAAUACCGGCGCUAAAAUUCCAGCGGUUGGCUUUGGAACUGUGUGCGAUGAAGAAUUCCGCUAUAAGUUCAAGGAUGCGUUGAAAGUGGCAAUUCUAGAAGCCGGAUACAGGCACAUUGAUACCGCCUGGUACUACGGAACCGAAAAACUCAUUGGCGAAGUGCUUUCCGAGUUGAUUGGAUCGGGAAAAAUCAAGAGAGAGGAUAUUUUCGUCACCACAAAAGUGUGGCCCUCCCUAUGGAACAACCCACUAAAGUCACUCGAAACUUCUUUGAAGGAUUUGCAAUUGGACUAUGUGGAUCUGUUAUUACAGCAUUGGCCGCUUGCGUUUGAUUCUGGUGCCGAAGGAAAGCCCGCCGUUCCAAGAGAUGCCGACGGAAAUGUGCGCAUUUUGGACGUCGACUACUUGGAAACAUGGAAAAAGAUGAUUGACAUCUACAAGAACACCGGCAAGGCCAAGGCCAUUGGUGUUUCCAACUACACAGUUGCAAUGUUAAAGAGAUUGCUAGACGAGACUGACGUUGUUCCUGCUGCCGAGCAGGUCGAAUUGCAUCCGCACUUGCCACAAGUUGAAUUGGUUCAAUUUUGCAAGGAGCACAAAAUCGUCGUCGAGGCUUACUCUCCUCUAGGCUCCAACGGUGCACCAAACUUGAAGAUUCCAGUAGUCCAGGAGCUUGCCACAAAGUAUGGCGUGCAUCCGGUUGAUAUUCUCGUCAAUUACCACGCACAGGCAGGCAGAGUUGUUCUUCCAAGGUCACAAAACGUCAACCGGAUCAGAACUGGCUUUAAGGUGGUCAAACUCACUGCUGAGGAGUUGAAGAAGCUGGAUCAGUUCGGCGUUGAAAACCCAAAGAGGUUUAUCACCGAUUCCUGGGGAAAGAACCUAGGCUUUGAGCACUGGGAUUGA